AUGGAGAAAGAAACUCUAUUGAUCGAUUGUGAUGGUGUAUUGUUUCCUGAAUCUGCUUUACCAAUAGCAAAGAUUACUCAAUCUCUGAAAAAUGCUGCAUUAAAAAUUGGAUAUUCUGCUGCAGAUAUCAAAGAAGCUCGGAAAAAGGCCGAAAAAAAUCAAGAACUUGGGCUAUUCAACUCAAUAUGGGAACUAUCUGGUAAAGAUAUUGAAAGGUUUGAAAGUAUAUGCUCUGAAGCAUUUAAAACAAUUGACUAUAGCAAAAUCAUUUCAAACAGAAAAUUGUAUGAUUUGUUAAAGAAUGCAUCUGAAUAUUAUAAUAUAUUUAUAGCUACUAACAAUCAUUUACUGCAUUUUCGCAAAGUUUUCGAAAGAUUAUUUGAGAUGGAAUUCAGUGAUGAUUGUUUUAUAACAUGUAUUGAUAUAACUCAGACAUUAGAUAAUGGAUGCUUCCAUCCAAAGCAGUCAAUAGAUGGUUUGAAGAUAUUCGCAAGAGUUGCUAAGACUAGACCGGAAAUGUGCAUACUGCUGGAUGAUAGUUCAAUAAAUAUUCAAAGAGCCAAGAAAAUUAAUAUGAAAAGUAUGGAAAUUGGUUUAGUUCAAAAUCUUGAAUUUUGUUUAAAGGAGCUACUUUCAUCUCAGAUGUCGAGAAUAAAAGUUUAG